UCCGCAUCUUUCCCUUCAGUGCCCAGGUUGAUCUUGAGUUCUGACACCAGAUCCAUUUUUUCCAGGACACAGCCUUACGAACGUACGACGUCUGUUUAUCUGCCCUGGUGAAUAUGAAGGCUGGUUGGGGGCCUUUUGUCUUAUUUGUUGCUACCUAGCUGGCAUUGAAUGCCACGAGUACGACUCCUCAUCUCAUCGAUACUCAUAUCCGACUGCGAGCGGCGGAAUCCCGAGAAGGAGAAGGACAAUGGUUGAGCACCCGGAUAACGCGAAUUUACCUGUGGUGAAUCGGGCUGAGACGGUGCUGGGAUGUACGAUCUCGUUUCUUAUUGUUGCAUGUCUGGCUGUCAGCCUACGGCUGUAUAUCAGGUUUCGAGAACGACUAUGGGGCUGGGAUGACCUUUUUGUCCUCUUCGCUGGUCUUUCGACCAUCGCAGGAUCGUGUAUAGUGUGCUUGAUGCCAGAUUCUGGCAUGGGAAAGCAUAUCUGGACCCUCGAUAACGGCCAUUUAGAAGAGUACUUCAAAUGGGUCUGGUCCUCAAAUGUGACAUACACCUCCAGUACCACUUUCAUCAAACUCGCCAUCUUAUUCCAAUAUCUCCGUCUUUUCGAUAUGCAGAGCACCAUCGCGCGUCGCCUGAGUAAAUGCAUGAUAGUCUUCAUUAGUUGUUGGGGCAUUACUUUCUUCUGCCUCGCGUUAUUCUCAUGCAUUCCGAUAAAAAAAAACUGGGACUUCAGGAUUCCAGGGAAAUGCGUAGCGUGGGGGAGUAAGGAUGGAGAUGUCUUGUUUGCUAGUUUUGCGGCUCAUAGUGCAAGCAAUAUGUUGUUAGAUAUCUUAUGUUUGAUUCUCCCGGUUCCGUUUCUCAAGAGCUUGAGAAUGAAGGGAAGGACAAGGAUGGGGUUAUGGGGCUUGUUUACGAUGGGUUCAAUCGUCGCUAUUCUCUCCGUCGCCCGAAUGUUCGUUCUCUCUAUCAGCCGCGCCGGCACGGUCCCCGUCUUCGACCCUACCUUCGCUGCCCCUGCCGUCUUCGUCUUCUCUGUCCUCGAAGUCAACAUUGCCAUUUUAUGCGCUAGCAUCCCUACCUUCUGGCCAUUCGUCACUUCCCUCGCCGCAAACAAAAUCCUCGUCGUAAACGAAAUUGAAGUCCGCACUGACCGUCGCGAGAGCACCGCUUUUGUGGAGAACAGACACAGUAAUAGUGGGUUUGUAGGAAUCCCCGAGUUGGAACAGAGCGGCGGGAGGGUUAGUAGGAUGAGUAUUGUUAUGGGGGGGAAAGGGGGGAUGGAGAGGAGUACGAGUCGGAGCGCCAAACUUCAUAAGCAUAAACCAUCGAAAGCAUCCUCUCACAGCACAGCUGCUAUCGAACUCGGCCGCAGAAUGUCCCAAGAAUCAGACCGCAAUCUCGCGCGCCAGACUUCUGGCACUUCGUUAUCUUCCUCACCAGGCCACGACGGUGUCAUGGAACCAACCAGAAGCGCGAGUCUAGGUAGCCAGAAUCAGGGUCAUGGUCAGGGAGGAGAGAGACAUUACCAAGACCGGUAUCUGCAGGAAUGGGCGUUUCCAGAUUUCGAUAAACAAGGUGCGAGUGGUGGGCGCGGGAAUACAUAUGCGAAUAUGACGACUACAGUUGAGAGAGCACAGAUUCCGUAUGAUCACAUCAAGGCGUUGGAGAAAUAAACGAAAGCCUUGACACACUCCCGUACACCCAUAUAGAAGUGCGUUGGGUCUAGAUCUGGGACCCAAGGAGACCGGGUUAGGAUGGGAAGCGGGAGUGGGUGUGUAAGGAUUUCGUUCGGGGAGAGGGGAGAAUUGG